AUGAUGAUGAUGACGCGUCCCUUUCUCAUUCUCUCAAAUUUCGUCACUUCCUUUCUUCACAACUCUUCUUUCUUCACCAGAAAAAAAUUAAAUUUUGCCAAACUCCUAUUUCUUUGCACGUUUAUCACCACUAUUAUUUGUUUAUAUUAUCAAAUUAUUCACAAACAACAACAACAUGAAUCAAGUAUUGUCUUAAAGGAGGGAAAUAAUCAACAACAACAAUCGGUCCCCCAAGUACGACAUCCGAAAUAUCACUCUCAUAUCAAACUUUCUGGCGAUUACCAAUGUAACAAGAAGGGAGAAAAGGCUCAGUCUUAUUACAACUAUUCGUGUCGUUUUAAUGAUUUAUGUUUGACCACGAGGGGCGAAUUUGUGUUAUUUCAUCCACGAACAAGAGCUUUCCGUGGAAAUGAGAGCGACUAUUACAAACAGUUAAGUGAACAAGUAUGGACUUAUUCUCAGGGAAGACAUGAAUCUCAAAGAGGUGAUUUUCGAGUAAGACUUUUGGAUCAAGAGUUGACCUUGCAAUUUGGAUAUCCAUCUAAACCCAUUGUAGUGAUAAAAAACAAUGAUGACAAUGAAGAAGAAGAGAAUGAAGCAUUCAAAAAUAUUGUGAAAUUGGAUCCAAAUUUUCUCUAUUUAACACAACCUGUUUAUGCCUUAAAAAGAUAUGCCUCAGGAAAUAUGGGUCACUUUAUUUUUGAAAAUAUUGCAAUGGCGGUCACACAAAUGAUGGAUUAUGAAUUUACGUUUUCUAACACCUUGGAGAAUUUCAAAAAAUUACUUAAUAACCACGUUCUCUUUUUGGAUGAUCUUUUUGAUCAUUCACUCCAAAAUUGGAUAGGAACUUAUCAUUAUGAUGUCUCACUAUCCAACAACAUCACUAUGGAAGUAUCAAAAUUGGUGAGUUCCAAUCCAAUACUUCAACUUUGUAAAACCAAUGACAAGUAUUUCAUUGAACAACUACCAUGUCGCAACGCAGAAGAUAUUCCACUCGUUUCAGAACCAUCUCCUCAACAUGUGACAUUGGCAGCAUGUUUUUCACAGUUUCGUAUUGGAACAGAAGCUUUAUUUAAGAGUUUUCCAACUAGAGAGUUUGUUUUUACCUUUUAUCGACAAUUGACUUACGAUCGUUUGGGAAUUCAACCAUUACCAAGCGAAGAAAAUGACCUUUCAAAAAUUAUUCCUUAUUUGCAGAAAAAACCAAUCAAGGUGGUCAUUCACAAAAAACCAAUCCUGAACAAUUCACAUGGAAAAGCUAUCCAUAAUGUUGACGAAAUAUAUCAUGCUCUCAAAACUCGUAUUCCUUUAGAUCCCUAUUUAAAAUUAUACCACCCAGACCAACCUAUUGAAAUUGAAAUGUUAGAAUUUGUGAAUUUACCACUCUCUCAACAAGUACACUAUUUUUCAAACAUUGACGUUUAUAUCUCCGAUCAAGGAAGUGCUGCAUACUAUUCAGUCUAUUUAAGAAAAGAUGCCACAGUAAUCAUUGGCCCUUCGUGUUGGGACAAAGGAAAUCAUUGUUGGAUGAGUGAAGGUUUCAUAAUUCUUCGAGGUCUCACUAACGUGAAUGUUGUGAAUUAUUUAGAAAUUGAUCAUCAAGCUUCAUGUCAUCCAAGACGAACUGAAAAAGAAGAGAAUGGAUGUGAUCCAAUAUUUAAACCUGAUUUGAUUGUGGAAAGUGUGAUUGCCAUGUUAAAAAAGAGAUAUUUGAAAAUGGUACAACACCAAUUGUUUUAG